UAUCGAAUUUAAGGUAACGUUGAAGUUCGAUGGCCCUUAAGCUGACGACCCCCCGAGUCUCGCACCCGUGAACGGACGCUUCAGUUACCGGACACAGAGGUCUCAACCUCGGCCCCAGCAAAGCAAUGCAGUUGGUGACACUCUGCUCGGGCGCAGCGGCUCAGACCAACGCAGGCACUCUCGCCCAAACCUAGAAUCCGAUGUCAUGUAAGCAAGUCUGCAUUGGAUACCACACUCACCGCGAAUAUCUCUCCAACUGAGAAGGAUUCUGAACUGGAGCGGUCAGAAAUGCCAAUGCAAUGCCAAGGGUGGCAGUGGUCUUGUCAAGCGCGGUUUUAAUAAGAAGAGGUUUUCUCACUGAUGGGGCUUCCGUUUUCAAUGUGAUCUUCAACCGCUGUUUUUCUGUUACACGUUUGCACCCGCACUCUAUUAACCUCCUACCACAGUAUCCGCGCCGCACUCUGUUACCAGGAAAAGCAGCUCGCCUCAGGUUGGUCCAGUUGAAACAUGAACGAUCCAACGACGGAGGUCUUUGUAUGUACUCGAACUAUUCUACCUUAGGAUAUAGCCGACAGAUUGUAGCGUACACUCGAGUCUAUCGUAUUCACCGAUUCACUUCACUCUGUCUCAAAGACGUAACCAAAUGGAGCUUCAAGCUCCCAGGUGGAGACCUUCUCCAACGAUCUUCCGCUCGGCUUUAAGCCCCUGUUUCCGUGGUGGGACGACCUGCGUCAUUGGCAAUUGUCUGUUCGAUGGUCCAGCAAGACAGGGCGAUGAAUUGCAGGCCAGUGUAUUACACGGUUCUGUAAACGGGAGAAUA